AUGGCUUUUAUGCUGAAGAUCUUCCUCCAUAACUUCCUGCAAAAUCAUGUCGGUUCCUUGCCCUAUUACGCGGCGGUUCCUUCUCCUCGUCCGCUCUUUCGGGGAGAAAUAUACAACUAUGUGGAAUAUUAUACUCAUAUCACCAGCCCCAAUUCAACAGUUAUCAGCAUCUGUUCACCAAACACUAGUCCCCAUUCAUCAGUCACCAGUCCCUAUUCAACAGUCACCAGUCCCCGUUCACUAGUCAUUAGUCCCAGUUCACCAGUCACCAAUCCCCAUCUCCAGUCACUACUACCCGUUCACCAGUCCUUGUUCUACAAUCACUAUAUCAAAUCGCUUCACCAGUCCCACUAUACCAGUCAUUACAACUGUUUACUUUUCAGCAGUCACAAGUUCACUAGUCACAAGUCCCUAUUAAAGAGUCCCAGUUCACCAGUCACAACAACCCAUUCACCACCACCACUAGUACCCAUUGAACAGUCACUAGUCCCUAUUCACCAAUCUCAAUUACCUGAUCAAGAGACACUAAUCCCAGUUCACUACUCAUUAGUUCCCAUUCACCAGUCACUAGUCCCCAUUCACCAGUCACUACUUACCGUUCACCAGUCACUACUACCCGUUCCCAAGUCACCAAUUCCUGUUCCACAGUUACAAGUCUCAUUUGAAUUCACCAGUCACCAAUCCCCAUUCAUCAGUCACCAGUUCCUGUUUGCUGGUUAUCAAUCCCAGUUCACCAGUCACAAAUCCCCAUUCACCAGUCACCAGUCCCAUCACCAGUCUCAUUUGAAGAGUCACAAAUUCCAGUUUGCGAGUCCCCAGUACCAGUUCAUCAGUCCCAAUUUACCAGUCACCAGUCCCCAUUCACCAGUCUCAUUUGAAAUUCCAGGUUGCCAGUCCCCAGUGCUAGUUCACCAGUCCCCAUUCACCAGUCACUACUCCCCUUUCACCAAUCACCAGUUCCCAUUCAUCAGUCACUAG